CAGGAAUUGCCGAAGAAUCAGACCAACUACGAUAAAACCACGGAUCCGUUGUCAUGACGCGAGGAUGAUUUUCGUGCGUUCAGCGCAUCCGUUGCGCGCCUGAGCAAGUUGCUUAGGAGACUCGCCGGCGCGUCUGAAGAAGCCCAGCUGACGGUUUCUUACCUUCUAUAAAGUACAUCCACGACGUGCACUUGAUCCAAAGACAGCUCAGUGUAUCGACUUACCUAGAUGGACUCGAUCGCAAGACCGGUUCCGUCCAGGUGUUUCAAAAUACUUGAACACUCGAACUGUCGUCAGAUUUCAUAUAACUGAGAUCCACAGUCUGGGACCUUCAAUCUUUUCUCCGCUAAAUAUGUACCAGGGGCAUUUGCAGGGGAAAGACGCUAGGGCUGCAGAUAAGACCGUUGCCAUGGUCCUGAAGGAGAUACCCAAUAAGGCAUCCUCAGAAGGCAAGCCCCUCCUCACGAUGACAAACAAGCUGGUGAGUGAGCAACAAGAGAGCCGUCCCUUGCUGAGCCCCUCUAUCGAUGAUUUCCUCUGUGAGACCAAGUGUGAUGGAGCUGCCCGUCCAGUAACCUCCAACACGGCAGUACUGUCCUCCUCCUUGGAUCUGCUGGAUCUGAGCGAGCCCGUUGAGAGAAGACAAAGCAAAGACAGGAAAAGCUCUCUUUCCUCGAAGGGGACACCGUACAGAAAGAAGCCAGAUGAAACAGAGCUGAUUCAGGUGGACAUCGAACAGAGCAUCACCUGUUCCCGCACAGCUGAAAAAGUUUCACUGGAUUCAGCUGCAGUUACAUCUUCGUUGGAGAAAUGGGAGGAACUCAACCUACAUCCAGAGCGAAAUGGAAACAGAAAGUGGAAACUCGAGAGAAGACGUUCAUCUAAACUUUCGGGGGAAUUUAUGUGGUCUACGGAUUGCAAGACUCAGCCAGACGCCACAGUCCCCAGGAAAUCCCUGGAGGUAUAUAAUAAAGUAGAGGCAGAGGCAGCACAAGUUCCUCAACUCAACAGGCAAUUUAGUAGUGGAAGACAUGGCCGUUUGGGCAAAGACCAAAGGUUGGGCAGCACACUCCUGUCCAGAAACCAGUCUCUGGAGGAAGAGUUUGAGAGAGCCAAAGCAGCAGUCGAGUCGGACACAGAGUUUUGGGACAAGAUGCAGGCGGAGUGGGAAGAGCUCGCCCGCCGGAAUUGGCUUACAGAGAAUGAUGAUCAGCAACAGAUUCCUUCCAAUGUGUCUCCGUAUGAAAAGGGGUACUACUUCCACACAGAUAACCCUUUUAAAGACUGGCCUAAUGCGUUUGAGGAGGGAUUAAGGAAGUCGAGAGAGGGAGAUCUGCCUAACGCUGUACUGAUUCUGGAAGCAGCCGUCUUACAGGACCCUCAUGAUUCAGAGGCUUGGCUGGUGCUGGGAACCACUCAGGCAGAGAAUGAGAAUGAGCAGGCAGCAAUUGUCUCCCUCCAGAGGUGUCUGGAGCUCCACCCCAACAACCUACAGGCCCUCAUGGCCCUGGCAGUGAGCCUGACCAACACAGGGAUGAGGCAGGAGGCGUGCGAGGCACUGCUCGGCUGGAUAAGACACAACCCCAAAUAUAAGCAUCUACUGAAGAACCGCACACACCUGCAGGUCUCACCUGGCUCACGGAAACUGUCCCACUCUUCCUCUAUGGCCUGCUCCCUGCUCCCCGAGGUGAAGGAAGUCUACCUGGAAGCUCCUCAGCAGAGCUCGGACGCGAUCGAUCCGGACUUACAGACAGGAUUGGGGGUGCUAUACAACCUCAGCUUGGAGUUCAACAAAGCAGUGGAAGCCUUCAAUGCAGCACUGUCAGUGCGACCUGAGGACUACCUGCUGUGGAAUCGGCUGGGGGCGACGCUGGCUAAUGGAGAUCGCAGCGAGGAGGCCGUGGAGGCGUAUACCAGAGCCCUGGAGCUCCAGCCCGGCUUCAUUCGGUCACGUUACAACCUGGGCAUAAGCUGCAUUAACAUGGGGGCUCACAGGGAGGCAGCGAGUAACUUUCUGACAGCUCUCGGUCUACAGAGGAAGAGCAAGAGUCGGCAGCUUUCGCAUCAGGUCAUGUCCGGAAACAUCUGGGCUGCCCUGCGAAUAGCACUGUCCAUGCUGGACCAGCCUGAGCUUUUUCAGGCCGCCAACAUAGGAGACCUGGAUUUACUCAUGAGAGCUUUUAACCUGGAUAUGUGAGCAAGAAUACCCUUUAACCGUGGCGAAAAGUCAAAGUCCAAAGUCUUUUAGGAGAAGAACUUUGUCGACAUACUGUACAGUGUAGACAAAACCGGUUACUUGUUUUUCUGCAGAGCACCUUUACAUUCCUGAGAACUGAGUGCCGGUUUAAAACUUUUUGCACUUCAGUUUAUGAUCUCCCCAAAGAGCACAACGCCAGGAGAAGAUUGUACGAAGUAUGCCUUAGUGAAAAUAUCAGCUAGACCUGCAAUGUUACCAUUGGAAGCCAGUGGGAAAACUUUUAAGUGUUCAAGAAAAAUACUGCUUCGAUCCUCAGAGAUCUUUAGACAUGUAGACUCCAUGUAUUGAUUGAAAUGCACUUUUUAUUUAAAAAAAUAUUUUUGGUAGCAUUUAGUUCAAGCCGGGACACUACCCACCUGAUGUCUGCUGCAUCGUCCCCUUUAUUUCCUAGAGCUUGCGGAGCAGAAUACAACGCCUUACUUCUCUUGCAUGGAAUAGUUGAGAUUGAGAUGUCACUAUAUCAUAUUAAAGCCAUUCCUUGCCAUACUUUGACCUCUUCAUCAAAGACUAGGUUCCAUAAAGUUCUAAUGUUGUGGCGAAACGUAUUGAAAUGUCAUGAUGCACAUGUGAAGCAGGGAAAUCUGUUUAACUUCCCUUUUAGCCAGAGUUCUAUGAUGAAUUUUAUGAAAAAAAAAAUGUUUCUAUUUGGAAGAAAACUGCCCUAGGGCUGUCAAACGAUUAAUCAAGAUCAAUCGAAUGCAGAAUAAAAGUUUCUGUUUACAUAGCUAAUUAAUUUUGUAUUUAUAAACACAUACAGAUACAGUAAAUGUAUACAUUUUAAAUAUAUAUAAAAUAUAAACUUUUAUAGAAUAAUAUUUAUUGGUAAAUAGAAAUAAAUACAUUUAAAUAUUUCCUAAAAAUGUAUACAUGUUUGUGUUUAUAAAUACAAAAUAAAUAUGCACAGAACACAGACAUAUAUUAUGUAAAAAACAAACUUUUAUUAUGGCUGCGAUUAAUCACAAUCAUUUGACAACCCUACACUGUAAAAAAUGUUGUUUCAGCUUAAAAAAUGUACCUACUGCCUUAACAUUUUGAGUUAAUUUAACUUUCAAAUAUUAGUUGACUAAAUGAAAUUCUUGUUGAGUUGACUAAACUCGUUGAGUUGACUUAUAUUUUUAAGUUGAAUUAAUUUAAAAUUUUAAGGCAACCAUUUUUAAGUUGAAGUAAAAAAAAGCUAAAAUAUUUUUUACAGUGUGGCAAAAUCGAAGCCAAACAUUUAUUUCGUUUUUCAGUUUAGUGUCACGUUUUAUAACCUUUUACUGUCAUUGUACAUUGUAGUUUAUGAUGGCUGACGUCCAGUUUGCAUGUGAAUGUUUUUUUCUUUAUCGUGCAAACACGCAAAUGCGUAUGCAAAAGAACGAUUUUAAAAUGCUAUGCAAAAUCUAAAGAGAAUUUCUUUUUUCAUUCAGUUGGAAACUGAAAAUUUACAAUUGAGACAGAUGCUUUCAUUUAAACAUAAUAUAUCAAAGUCUGCUUUAUUUUAUAAGCGUUUGUUUUAUCUUAUUCUAAAACGUGGCACUGAUCCAGCUGGUUUUGGUUUAAAAUAUUUUUUUAUUUUUUCCAGACAACUAGCAAGAAUAAAAGAGCGAGCAUGCAAAGCCAUUCAAUCCCUUUUCAACUGCUUUAUUGACUGAAGUUCUCUGCAACUACUUUUUGGUAUGCCCUGUAUAUGCUCAUUAAAAGUUAGGGCAGGCUUGUGCUCUGUAGCAGAAUAGAUACAGUAGAUUAUAUCACGCCUUAGGCCAAAUCUCCUUUUUCUAGAAUUUUGUAUAAACUCAGGUGUGAUCGUCUAGAUGAAGUCACUGCACCUGAUGUAAGAUCGCAUGCCGAAUAUAUUUAUUUUUGAAUGCUUUAGAUUUAUUUAUAUGCAUGAACUUGACAUGCCUAUUUUGAUCUAUACCUUUCAUUUGUAUGACUUAUAUAUAUCACUGUAACCACACUAUUUUGCAUUUCAGUAUAUAUAUUGAUCUGAAAAUGAUAUAUUAACCAUAUAAUAUAGACAUAGGCAUUUUUACAAUGCGGUGGGGCUGGAUAAUGUACACAAGAAAAUCUUUAUAGUUAGGCUACUUAUAUUUAGUAUUCUUGCAAUAGCCAGAUUUACUGACCCCUUUAGAAGUCACAUUAUAAAUUAGAGUCAGUUUCUACAUUAUGCAUCCAUCAGAACUGUGUUUCUGAAUUUGUACAUGAAAACUUGAAUGUUUGCCGCAGGCUUUAUUAAAUCUUGCGCAAUAUUUAAACAUGGCUAAACAUAGACGA